CAGGACAUAACAUGGCUAACUACUAGAAGCAAGUCUUGAAGAUUCUGUAUGGUCUUACUGUCACUUUCCAGUAUUACUGGGGUGGUGGGGGAAAAGAUCUCCUGUUGCCCAGAUACUUGUGUUUUUUCUUUAACUGAGAAGCUCCUGGAGAAAUGAGUUGGAUCAUAAAACCUUUUUGAGCUAUUGUUCUAAUGAAAUGAAAGGGCUCACCACUUUGUACAAUUCACUCAUAAACUAAUAUGGUAGCGAAUAUUGAUUUUUAUCUAAUCUUCAGAGAAUUGUGCAAAGACACUGGCAAUUCUAGAUAGCACAUCUACUUUUUUUCAGAAAUCCAAAAAUUAUUUGCCUCCUACUGCUUUUCAGCUGUUGAUUCAAAACAUCACAUCUGUGUCAUGUUUUGCAAUAUGCAAUAGAUAGUUCUCAUCUGCGAUGACCUAGACCAAGCUGCAAAUCAGAUUUUUCAGUGACUGUAACAGCUGUGUCGACUUGACUGUAUGCUGAUGACUGAGUCUUCCUGUUAGCAUCAGAUUGUUAAUCUUUGGAGGCUGUUGUAUUGUAGAGACGCAUGUCAUAAUCUUGCUGACUUUUUACUGAAGGCCUCCAGCUGCAAAAAUUCAUUUUGAGUACUUGAGACUUUCUGCCUGUUCUGAAGUAAUGAAUGGAUUUGAUCUUGGACAACCUGCUGCUCAGAUUGCUGCUAAAAUUGGAGAUAUUCCUCACUUGAAUAAUUCCACGCCACUGGUGGACCCCUCUGUCUAUGGUUAUGGAGUACAAAAAAGGCCACUGGAUGAUGGAGGUCUCCGUUUAAGUGGGCUCCAUGGAGCACAGAUAAGAGAUACAGAGAGAAUAGGUAACCAGUUAGGGGCCCUGGUACAUCAAAGGACAGUAAUAACAGAAGAAUUCAAAGUGCCUGAUAAAAUGGUUGGAUUUAUAAUUGGCAGGGGCGGUGAGCAGAUCUCAAGGAUCCAGGCAGAGUCUGGCUGCAAAAUUCAGAUUGCUCCAGACAGCGGUGGGAUGCCGGAGAGACCCUGCGUGCUCACCGGAACGCCAGAGAGCAUUGAACAAGCAAAGAGGCUACUGGGACAGAUAGUAGAUCGCUGUCGGAAUGGACCUGGCUUUCACAACGAUGUUGAUGGCAACAGUACAAUCCAGGAGAUUCUGAUUCCAGCAUCCAAAGUGGGUCUAGUCAUUGGCAAAGGAGGCGAAACAAUAAAACAGUUGCAGGAGCGGACAGGAGUGAAAAUGGUUAUGAUCCAAGAUGGUCCGUUACCAACUGGAGCAGAUAAACCUCUGCGUAUUACUGGGGAUGCUUUUAAAGUACAGCAAGCAAGGGAAAUGGUACUGGAGAUCAUCCGAGAGAAAGAUCAGGCAGAUUUCCGAGGCGUACGGAGUGAUUUCAGCUCUAGAAUGGGAGGAGGCAGCAUAGAGGUCUCUGUGCCCAGGUUUGCUGUUGGAAUUGUAAUAGGAAGAAAUGGAGAAAUGAUCAAAAAAAUUCAGAACGAUGCUGGCGUUAGGAUUCAGUUUAAACCAGAUGAUGGGAUUAGUCCUGAAAGAGUCGCACAGGUCAUGGGCCUUCCUGAUCGGUGUCAGCAUGCAGCUCAUAUCAUCAAUGAACUGAUUCUCACGGCACAGGAACGAGAUGGCUUUGGAAGUUUGGCAGUAGCCCGGGGAAGAGGUCGUGGUCGUGGGGACUGGAGUGUUGGGACACCUGGCGGCAUGCAGGAAAUAACCUAUACGGUGCCAGCUGAUAAGUGUGGCCUUGUUAUAGGCAAAGGUGGAGAGAAUAUCAAAAGCAUAAACCAGCAAUCAGGAGCCCACGUGGAGCUGCAAAGAAAUCCACCUCCCAAUACAGACCCUAGCGUACGAAUAUUCACCAUAAGAGGAGUCCCCCAACAAAUUGAGCUUGCUAGACAUCUCAUAGAUGAGAAAGUUGGUGGUACCAGCAUGGGUGGACCUGGUGGCUUUGGUCAAAAUCCUUUCAACCAAGCACCUGCUACACCUCAUCAAAAUGGUCCUCAGGCAUUCAUGACACAGGGUUGGAGCAGCACCUACCAGACGUGGCAACAGCCUGGACAGCAAGUCCCAAAUCACAAUGGUACCCAGUCAGGCCAGGUGGAGUUCACCAAGGCGUGGGAGGAUUAUUAUAAGAAACUAGGCCAACAGAGCCAGCAGCAGAACAGCCAGCCUGAUUACAGCAAGGCGUGGGAGGAGUAUUACAAAAAACAGAGUCACGCUGCCAGUGCUGCUUCUCAGGCAAGUUCCCAGCCGGACUACACAAUGGCUUGGGCAGAGUAUUACAGACAGCAGGCUGCCUACUAUGGGCAGACACUAGGGCAAGCUCAGGCCCACAGCCAGGAGCAGUAGAACAAUGUCCUUGUGGCAAUUUUUUUUUUUCUUGGAAUCAUUGUGGAAGAAAACCUUUUUGUAACAGAGGUUUCUAGAUUUGCAACAUUUUGAUGAAGACUUUUCUGUUUGUUUGUGAAACACUAGUUGUAGGAUAAUCUAUACUGAACUUUUCUAAGAAUCAGGAACAAUUAGUAAUGUACUAAACUUAUGGACAUGCUGGUAAUUUUUUGGUUUCCAAAUUUGUAAAAACUCCGGGAUUCCUUUUGGAAAGAAGCCAGAGCAUUACAGGCACCAAAACGCACCCCAGAGCUGUGACAUUUCAACAUGUGGUUUUUUGUGUGUUUUUUUUUCUUUUUAAUUUUCAAUCUUUUCUGUUGCAACAGAAAGAGUGGCUUGGAAGUCUUAGGUGGUAUGUAACAAAUCCUUAAAAAAAAAUUUUAAACAGUAUUUAAAUAUUCUUAAAUAUGUAAAUUCAUUAAAUGUUUUACUUCUAAUUUCUUGUAUCUUGGCUGUCUUUGAUUUUAUUGCAUUUUUUUAAAAAACUGAACUAUCGUAUGUAUUGUAAUUAAUUAAUUAUGUGAAUUCUGUAUUGAGACAGUUACUGUUUUGCUGUCAGGCAAGGUAUGGGGGGAGGUAUUUUGUAGGGUUUGUAUAAUUUCUAGAGUUCUAAAGGGUAAUAUAAAAUGUGAUAAUUUUUUUAGCAAUACAUUUUUCAUGUCUCCAUUGCUGGUUGCAUUUAUGUAUCUAAGACCUCCAAGCUUGUUUAAAAAAACAAAAAACCCUUCCUCUAUGCUCUCAGAAAUAUAAAUACUGUUAUUUUUAAUAUUAAAAUGAAUCUGCUAUUAGUACCUUUAACAAACACUGUGGAACAUUAAACCAUAUAAAAGGUAGUAACUAUUUUUUAAUUCCAAGGUGUUUUUUGCUUUUUUCAUUUUUCUUUUUAAAUAUUUUCUUAUCUAAUAUUUGUCAAAUUACCUAGAGAAAUAAAUGAAUCUAGUAUUAACCACAGUAUGCGCUAAAUAAUUUUGAUUUAAUAAAAGGGAUAUGAUUUCCAAUGUUUACUGUAGUGUUUCUUGUACAGAUAACUGUAUUUUUAAAGGAAAAAAACGGAAUUGAAGCUAUUUUUUCUUGCAUUUUUAAUUGAUCUGCGGGACAUUCCGUUUUGAAAUGUACUGAAGUUACUGUUCUUGGGUUCUUUACUUAUUUUUUUCCUUAUAAUGCUUGAAAUGUCUAACUAUAAAAAAAAAUGCCAUUGGAUAAUGUUGAGCAUGAUGUUAAAGUGUUCUUUUUAUUUGACUGACAGUUGCAUUUUACACUCUAUAUAAUAAAAUUUCCACAAGAUGUCUUGUGGGUGAAGUA